AUGUUCAGAGGGCUGAAGAACAUAGCGUCGGACAUCCGCAGCGAGGUCUCCUCCACGGAGCAGACGGUGUACGCUCACACCCACUCGCACUCGCAGUCGAUCACGGGCCCGGGCUCAGCACGCACAAAGAGGUUCCUGCCCAACUCUCUCAGCAAACACAGCAGCAACGGCACCGAUGGCGGCGCCAACGGCAACGGCAGGGGGAAGUCCAAGUACAGACUCGACGAGGAGUUCGACGGACGCACAGAGGACGACACUGUCGUGCACCGGGCGUUCUUGAGGUACUUCCGAGACGAAAUAAAGUCUGUUGAGUUGCUCAUUAGUGCUGGGCAUAGCAAAAUUUGGCUGAACUGUUACAAGUUUGGCAAUUCUCGCUCCAAAGGGGAUGAUGAUUUUGCAAAAAAGUUGGUAAUGUACUUGGAAGAAAUUUGGGUAGGCGACUCGCCAGAGGAACACAUCCUCUUCUUGACAGUUUCCUCAUUUGAUUUUUUCAAAGGGUUGAACAACGACCAAACGCAGAAGUGUGUGGUCGCUUCUUACAAGAAGGAAAAUGCGGACAAGAUCCCACUGAUUAGCUACACCAAGGGACUUUAUGGUUACUGGAAGAUGUAUCCUAGUGGCUCUGUCAUCAGAUACGAGUCUCCUCAGGCCAAAAGAGUUGUUCAAGAAAUCACCAAGAACAAGAAAUCAAACAGAUCAUGUAUUACCUGUACUUUGAACCUGGACAAUGCCAAUGCAGAUCCUAUGCGUGUUGAGACCGCCAUGGGCAACCAUAUCAUGGGCACUCUUGACAAGUAUUUGAAGUUCCUGAGUACUGCGUAUUUCUACUUGUUGAACGUCGACAAGUACCAGAAGGCUGUUGACCUGAACAAGGAGAUUUUUGAAAAGAUCAAGCUAUUCAACUCGUACAAGCUGUUCAUCAAAUACCUGCUCAUCUACACUAACGGCAAACGGGUUCCAAGGGAGUUUCUCCAGGCUUUUGAAGAGGAGAGAGGGUACCAGCCGCAGGAGAACUUCAAUGCUGUGUACGCCACCAUUCCCAAUAAGCGGAACAAAUACACCGACACCAUGACCCGGAGACUUGCCAACGGUUCUGUGAUGGUCAACGGGUUCAUCUUCACCCCGCAGCUCAUCUCCAGCUUGUACAAGAAGCUCAAGGACGAGUACAAUUAG